UGUGUGUCUGCCUGUUGAAAGCUGAACGAUAACUCCUGGCAAAACGCGUAUAAAAAUAGCGUCUCUUUAGGUACACGUAAGACAUGGCAGAGGGGAAAGGAAGAUCUUACGGCUUUUCAGCAGAAGUCCAAAGGAAGCUUGAUGCAAAGUAUGACAAGAGCGUGGAGUUGGACGCGAGAAACUGGAUCGAGGACGUCGUUGAGGAACCAGUAGAGUGGGGAGAGUGCGAUGACCCUCCCGGAAGUUCGUUUGCAGACGGUUUGAAGAGUGGCGAAGUGCUUUGCAAACUCGCCAACAAACUUCAACCUGGAGCAAUAAAAAUGAACAACACUUCAAAAGUCUCAAAUCCUGCAAUGAGGGCGACCAAAGAGAAAGAAAAUAUCGAGAAGUUUUUAUCCUUCUGUGAACAAUAUGGCGUUAAGGACCAUUUUUCGACCCCAUAUCUGUACCAGAAACAGAACGUUAUGGCGGUCGUUAACACAAUAUGCCAGUUGGGAAGUACGGCCCAAAGUAAAGGUUAUGGCGGCCCCGCCCUUGGACCUAAGAUAGCAGAGAAAAAUGAAAGAGGUUUUACCGAGGAGCAGGUCAAAGCCGGCCGGGAGGGGCACAUCGGUCUUCAAGCUGGUACCAACAAAUUGGCCUCGCAGAGUGGGCAAAAUUUCGGCCUUGGCAGGCAAAUUGCUGGAAUGGGAUCUGAGGGAACAUACGACAAGUAAAACUUUUAUAUGCCGUUUUCGAAGGAGGAUCAAGUUUUUUUUUUCCUUUCGAUAUUUGACAAGAAGUUGCAGUGCUUUUUAACAUUUCGCUGAGAGUAAUUACAAACCAUUUAGUUCAAUUGAAUUAGCAGUUUUUUCCUACCAAAUGCUGUGUGAAGAAAUGUUUUGCCAAUAAAAGUUAAUACAUACAUUGA